GUAGAGUUGCUAUUAGCAUAGAGAGCUUGCGACCAGAACAUUAUUUAAUAUUUAUAUUUUUUAUAUUUACAAUAAGGUCUACCAACAUUUUGUACGCUAUGCUUUGAAAUUUUGGUUGCUUCAUAAAUUUGUGUGUAACUAUUUCAAAGUCUUAUCAAAUAAUUGCUUUUACUUUACAGUUUGGUAAAAUUUUAAUGUUAAAUUCAUGACAGAGAAUAUGGUUUUCCUAAAAAUGUAGAAGUUGUAAUUUGUUUUCGGUAAACAAAUGAACGUGUUUCCGUACUUUUUUGUGAAAUAAUGCUCUACGUUGUACGCCAUUUUGAAUGUAGUGAAUUCAAGUCGCGUGGUGGCGAAUUUAUAUUAUAUUGAUAUCCUCUAGUCCUCGAGGAUUUCAUUCAUAAUGGAAAAUACGUACGGUAUCGGGGUCGCAAACAGAUAUUCUAUAUUCCUUGACGAAGCGGAGGAUCCUCUGGAAGUUAUAAAGAUCCAAGAACAGGAGAAAGAAGCCAAGAAGAAGACGAAGUUGUCGGAGAAGGAGAAUAAAGGUAAAGCUGAAACUAAAGCGAAACCUCUUCAAGAAGUUCGUAAAGGAAUUAAAGAUACACAAAAUGUGAAACCCACCGAUGCUGUUAAGCCGAAAGAUGAGAGUGUGAGAGGGAAAUCUUCGUCACGACAGCCGCCGGAAAGAGGCGAGAGGAAGUUUGCCGGUGAAACGCGCGAGGAGAGAAACAACAAGCGAAACCGGGAGGAUCAGCCAGUAGGUCAGAACGAGUUCAACCGCGAAGGACGCGAGCCCUUCCGUGAUGCUCCCAGGUACGACUUUGGUGAUGUGCGAGGCCGCGGGGCCCGGGGUAGCCCUAGAGGCAUAGGCCGUGGAAGAGGACGGGGCACGGGGCGUGGCGGGUACGACGCCAGGGGCAAGCGGGAGUUCGACCGCAAGUCUGGCUCGGACAAGGCCGGGGUGAAGCCCGUCGACAAGCGCGAAGGCAGCGGUUCGCACAACUGGGGUACCAUGAAGGACGACAUCGCCGACUUGAGCACCACGACCUAUCAGAACGACGAGUCGGAUUGGGGUGCAGAGCUGAUGCCGACUGACCCGCAGUGGCUGGAGCCCAUGGAGAAAGAGCCUGCCCCUGAGGCACCGCUGGCGGUGGCGGCAGCGGCGGUACCGCCGCCGGCUGUGGAAGCAGACGGGGACGCUGUGCCGCCUCCUGAUGGUGACCAGGAGCCAGCCCAGCCGCAAGAGGAGGAGGAGCCCAAAGAGCUGACGCUUGAUGAGUACAAGGCCAUGCGGGGCAACAGGCAGAAACCCACCUUCAAUCUGCGCAAGGCUGGGGAGGGAGAGGACCUGAGUCAGUGGAAGAAGAUGUACGAGCUGAACAAAAAGAAAGCUGAGGAAGAGGCAGAUGAUGAAGAUGAGUACGAUGUUUCAGAGUACCCCCAGCGCGUGGGCAGACAGAAGCAUUUGUUGGAAAUCGACAUUCGCUUCACAGACUCGCGGCGUGGCGUCAGAGGGAGGGGUGCCCGUGGAGGCGGGCUCCGCGGAGGGCCGCGAGGCGGAAGGGGUGGCUUCCGAGGUGGCAUGGCUGGGAACCGCGGCGAGGGAGAGGUUCCACCUGGAGAUAGUCAGCCACCGCGUGAGCGUUUCAACCGCCCAGGUGGUGAGCGGUUCGAUCGCCCUGAGCGUGAGCGGUUCGAGCGCCCAGAUCGUGAGAGGUUCGAGCGCCCAGAUCGUGAGAGGUUCGAGCGUCCUGAUCGAGAGCGGUUUGAGCGCCCAGAACAGAGCAACAGAGUGCAGAGGCAGAGUGCUCCAAAAGUGGACGACGAGCGAGAUUUUCCUGUUCUUGGCUGAACCAUUUGAUUUUCAUUAGACCUUAAACAUACUGUGUUGUUGCAUAUCUAGUAAAGAACUUGUCAGCUGGAUUUUUUGAUAUUCUGGAAACUAGGAUUGUCUAAAAAAAAAAUAGUCAUGUAAUUAGACAUCAAAUGUUAAACUUAUUUUUAUCAUCAGUACAUAAAAUCAAAAUAAUUUCUCAACACAGGCAUUAAGUGUUAGUCUUGGAAAUAUUUUUUAGCCAUAAGUUGGUCAAUAGUUUUGUUUGUGCGUUAUAGUGUAAUAACUUAUGUAGGAUGUGUAGUUGUAACAUUUCCUAUAAAACAAACAUCAUUUGCGAUAGCAGAAAUUAUUUCAUUAACAUUGGAGUGAGGAGUGACUUUCCUAUAUAAAGUAAAUGUCAAGGCAGUGUGUUGGACAAGUUUGUGAAGUUUGUGCUGCUGAUGCUAUUGUUUGCUUCGUUUAGCCUUUGAAUGCAAUUCUAAAAUGCUUUGUGCUAUUUAUUUCAGUAUAUAUCAGCUUCCAUCCUAGUUUCACUUGGGAUGAGUUCACUCUUUGUUUGCAGACUUGAAUGGCUCAGGGUGUAUGUAUACAAUGCUUUCAUGUGUGUACAGUAUGUAACAGACUAAAUGUUUGAAAUUAGGUUUUUUUGAGAAGUUUAAUUGUAGUUUUUUCAUGUUAUCUGAAGUUCGGAUUUUGUAUAGUUGCUUCUAAAGCAAGAUUGUAAAUAACUUUGCCAAGGAUUUGUGUCAAUAUUUCUUUACGGCAGUAUCUGAGAAGGCAGAAGUUUUUUUAUUUCCGUUUACCACAAAGAACUUUUUAUUAUAGAACUAUAUUAUCUCAAUACAUCAUUCAAAUGACUUCAGUUGUUUUCUGACCAGUUAUUGGUUCUAAAAGUGUAACAGCAAUUUAUUAUUGAGUAAAUUAUAAUGUAAAGUGACUUAGAUUUUGUGGAAAUGUUAACUAUCCUAUCUAGAGUACUGACUAAACUCUGACAUAAUUAAAUAUAAAUAGUACAUAAAAUGAAGUAUGUUUUCAGUAAUAUUUUAAUUUGAACUUUGUGUUAUAAAUGGUAGUGAAGGUGGAAUGAAUUUGAAUUGGAAGAUCCAGAGCUAUCUGCUUGCAGGCUGCAAUACAGAACAAAGUGCCUGUAACUAAUUGCAAAGUGGUGGUUCGAUGUCAUACGAAUCGAGAGUAAAAUGUUUACCUUGGAUUCAAUUUAAACUCAAAUUUAUCGGAAUUAUUUAAUUUAAUUGUAAAAUCUCAUAAUUUUGGUUCAGUCCUGAAUUCAUUUCGGUCUUGUAAGAAUGGUGAAGAAUCUAAAUACAGUAAUGUAAGUUUAAAGUUUAUUAAAUAUUUGCUGCAUAGAGUUUUGUUUCAUUAAGUUACAAAUAUUAGAAUUAGACAUAAGCUGGUUUGAACUGAUAGCUCAUUAAUCAGUUUAUUAUAAAAUCUGAGUUGAGUAAUUUUUAUGAGUAAUAUACUAUUUUUUUAUUUUAGACUUAGUUUGAGUUCCCAAAUAAUUCUUGGAUUCAAAUUGCAAUGAAAGUUUGUAGGAACUCGGUUUUUCUGCAAGUUAGUUGUAGGUUGUACGUGACUUGCAUUAAGAUGCUGGAGUAAUUGGUGAGUGCGUUAUACAUGCAGUAGUUACAAAUGAUAUGCAGAACAAGCUUUAGGGAAGAAAUACUUGGUGGUCACUGGUCAGUCUUUGUAGAAGCCACAAGACUAUUAGUUGAGUUGAAGCGAUCAGUUUCAAGAAGUUAUACUUUGUCAAUACUUCUUUCCCGUCAGUUAGCAAGCUAUACAGCGUUGGGCCAUCACUGGAAGUGACUCGUGGCCUGGUAAGUGGUCAUUUUCUUGAGUUGACGUGUAGCAGGUCUUUUUUGUUUGUUCACAAUGGCAGGAGCUGUCACAGUUAUACAAAGUUUUUCCUAAAUUUUGAAAGAAAAAAAAUUUAGUUGACAGUUUUUGUGUAUAACAGUAAAAUAUGUCUGCAACCUUUGUAGACUGCUUUGAUUCAGAAUCCAAACAAAUUAGUAAUUCUGAAUAAGAGCCACUUCUACAUGAAAGUUAUAUUAAUAAAAAAAAUAUUUAUUGCUUGACAUGUUUUACAUUUAUUAUUUAAAGGGCAUUUUGACAUUUCAAGUAGUUUACCAGUACUUGACCAUUUAAAGAGAUAUUAUGUUGGGUAUUUUCAGAAUACUGUAAAAUCGUGAGGUUAGUUAUAAAUAUUCUAUAAUAGUGUGGAUGGUUGAUUAGGUUAGUUAAGAGAGAUUUAUAAUACUUAAUUGAGUGAACAGUUGGUUAGGUUUGGUUACAUUAAAUAUAUUUUCAAUUAAGAGAAUGGUGGUUAGCUACAUUUUAUAUUGGUAAUUCCUAAAAAUUGUUGAAAAUAUUUUAUAGUAUUUUUAAUGUAGCUAACCUAACCAACUGUCUGCACUAUUAUGAGGCAUUUUAAAUGUAGCAAACCUGACCAAAUGACCAUUCUCGCAAUUGUGUUUGUAAUAUGUAACUUAACCUAAUCACAUGUUAAAAUGGCUAACUGGUUAAAUUAUCUCAAAGUAUUUUGUAAUUUUUUAUAAUAUUUGUUUAGAAAAGUGGCUAUCCUUCAGAAUUACCAGCAAAUCAUGUUAAUAAUUUAAGAAACACAGGUGUAGGAAAGUGGAGCUGAAUUAACAAGUGCAAAACAAAAAAAGACAAACACAACUUUUGUAAGCUCAUGAUACAACUUUACAAAAAUUACUGUCCAAUCUGUCUUGUUUACAUCUGCUGAUGACCCACCAGUAUUAAAGUUUUUACUUUUUCCAGCAUGUCUGAUGUUGCAGGUUAUGUUAACCAUAAACGGGUGCUGGCAGUUAAUAAGACCCACGGCUAGAAAUCUGGUUUGUUAGUGAAAGAUGUUUGUAAAACCAAUAUCAUGUGGGAAUGUUGAGUUUGUGUACUGAACCUGCUACAGGUAUAUUUUAACGGGAAAAAAAUGUCUACUGCAUUUGGAAAGAUAAUUAUCUGUAUGUAGUGUGAGCUGUAAAAGGCAGGAACCUAAUGAAACAGACAUACAUUAAAAUGUGCCUUCUCAGAACAGCCGUGGGAAAGUCACGAAUCAGAGCAAUUCUAAGCUUCAGGCAUGGACUGCAUCAGAUUUACUUUAAAUGGAGCAUUUAAUGCGCGAGGAUAAAUAAUUAACAACCUCUUCAAGUACAAUGGUCUGUAAUCAACCAGAGGCAAUGUUCUAAUUGAUUAAUUCGUAAAUUUAUGAUUUGUUUGGUUUUGAUGAUUGGAUACAUCCUGCAUUCACUUGUUUCACAUUCUUAUCAAUCAGAUGUGGUUGAUUUUAAGAAUAUUUUAGAAAUAGGUUCAAGUAAUUUUAGGAUUAAAAUAUUUUUUUUUUUCAAGAAACAUCUCUGAAAUUCAUUAAACACUGUAUCUAUAAUAAUUGUAACUUCAUCAUUUAUGGUUUUUUGUUGAUUGUCGUACUUAAUACCUCGUGUUUUUAUUCUGAAUGUUGAAAUCAAUGUUGACAUUGUGCGAAAAAUACAUUUACGAAAUACUUCUUUGAUUUGGAAUGCAGAAUAGUGCCAUGUGAUCAUUUUGUCUUCAAAAUUUGCUAUUUCAAACCCGGUGUAAGAUUAGCAGGAGUAAAGUGUGUACUUUAGGGUAUAAAGAAUUAUAACAUGUAACACUAAAAUUGUUUACUCCUUAUAAUAAUGCUGAAAUCCUAGGUUUAUUGUCGUACUACUGUUAGUGUUAUGAAUUUCCUAUAUUUCCUAGCGUGUGUAAUUUGCAUGUCUUCACUGCUCCUGAUGGACUCUGUUGCGAUGGCCACUAGGUUGGAAAUCUGAGAGCUAACUUGCUGUGUAAUUUUGUCCUGAUGAAUAAAUAAUUUUUCUAAGUUCACUUUAGCUGCAUUUGCAGGUUUGAAAUAAAAAUUACUUGUCCAUUUUGAAGAAUUAGGUUGAUGUUGGGUUAUUGCAUCUAGUUAGCUAACUUGCAUCUGGAUUUGUGCGAAAAUAUUAUAUUAAUGGAAAAGUAAAUAUGUCAACAAUGGCAACAAAAUUUGCUUUUAAAUUUCUCUUUUUGUAGCUCAAGUGAAUUACACAUUCGUGAACUCAGUAGUUUGCUUUAUGGUUCAAACAUAAAAAAAAUCAGUUAUUGAUACAGGCAUUUAUUUCAGGAGGGGAUUUGGAAAAAAAUAUAUAAAAAGUAUUUGUAUUCAUAAAAUUUACAUAAAAAAACAAGGGCUUUGUACAGUUGCGUUACCUUUCUCAACAUGCAUCACUGCCUUCACCGAGAUAUCACUUUUUUUUUUCAUAUCUUCAGCGAUUUGGGGGGGGGGGGGGGGUGUUUAUGCUUAUUACUUUUACCUCCCCCUACUUCCACCAUAUAUUUAACAUUUAGCUUAGGUGAGAGAUCAUGACUACAGUUGGGCAGCCUUCCAGAAACUAGAAAACACUUUUGUUGAGCCAAUUUGGAAGAUUUCACGAUUGUUGUAGAUGUUAAGAAUUUGCUUUUUUUAUUAUAAUACCUAUUUUUUUUACCUAGUUUUAAAACUUGUAGCAUUAUUUUUAAUGUAACAAUCAAUUUUGCUGGCAGAGAGGUUUUUUUAUUAUAAUGAACAAAUCAAAAGAUCAUCUGUGUAUUUGUCAGUUUGUUGGGUUUGAGGUUGACUAGUUUCUGCAUGUGGUUGAGGUGUAAAUGGUUAUAAAACUGAAGAAUUUGUACCUCAUGUUUGCUCUCCAAAAAUGUUUAGGUAGAGGUAAAAAUAAAAGGCAAGGAAAGUGUAUGUACGUACAUAUAAUGGUGCUGCUGUUUAUGUUCAUCAUGUGUUUUUUGUGUAGCACUACACCUUACAUGGGAUACAGUAUAAUUUUAAUUUGCAGAAUGUAGGAACUGUUAGCCAAUGGGAAAUUAGCACCAAUCAGCAAAAAUAAUUUAUUAAUAUUUUUGUAGAAAUGUUGGUAAAGUGAGAGUGAGUGAAUUAAUAGUUUGAUGGAUAAGUGCAAAGAUUAAUAUUUUUAUGGAAUGAUUAAUUUUCUUGAAUUUAUCAUUUGAGGUGUGUGUACUUGAUUGAACAUAUGGCUAGUUCAUGAUGUAUGAAUAAUUUUUUUCUUUGUAUGUACUUGUUCUAACACUAAUGUUAUUACAAUCAUAUAAACCUUAAGGGAUGGCCAUUUCAAGCUGUGUGUGUUGUGUGUGCCAGCAUUAUGCUUUUAUCAGUACUGUUAUGAUUGUAGAACAUACUUCGAAAGAUUUUAAAAGAAAUAGGUAAAUAAAUGUUAAGGUAGCAGUUUCUGGUAAAUACAGCGAAUAAUAACUGCAGGUGGGAAUAAAACACCCUGUUUUUAAGAAUUUAAAUAUUUUAACAGAUUUGACAUGAUUAUGUAAUGUAGCUGACCUAACAAAACCAUAAUUUCAUUGUUAUUUUUCUCCUUAAUAUACAUAAACUGCUGCUUUAAACAUUUGCAGUUUGGUUAUCAUUUUGUGCAACGACAUUGGGGUGUAAUGUUUACGAAAGUUGUUCACGACAAAAUUUUCUGACUGCUCAUCGCAGAGUUUGAUUAUUCAAGGAUCAAGUACACAUCGUCCUCUGAAUGUACACUAUUCCUAAAAGAGAGAAAACUGUGGCACCUAUAAAAUCUAUCAUGUUCAAAAAUUGUAUUGGCUGUCUGUAAAAUGUGUUUUUUUUAUUUAGUUUGUUUCAUAUUAACACUUUAAGGAUGAUUUUCAUGUGUCAUAGCAUGGUGUUGUUAGUCUGUCAGGUGGCAUUCUCACAAUAACGUCCAGCAUUUUUCUCUUAUCUUGAAUACCUAUAUUUGCAUGGCAUACAAUAGCUGAGUAUUAAAAGAUUUUUUUUUGUAAUGUAGACUAAAAAUAUUUAAUUUCAAGCUUUCUGUAUACAAAUGUCAAAAUUAAAAUAUUAAAAAAAAUGCUUAAAAAAUGCCUGUCAGGCACAUUAAGCAGUAUGUACUUUGCUAUUCUUGAAAGUGUUAAGUGGUGUUUACAACUGGCUCGAAGUUAGCACUGCUGAAACUUGCUGUCCCAAACUGGUUAAGGCUUUUAUUCAUCGACAGCGAAGUUGAUUUUCCGCUCGCAGUUACUGGUACGCGUGAACACAAAAUGAACGUUAGCAACCACGUCAUAGAGUACCGGUUUACAAACUACACAAGGUGCAAUAGCACAACGCAAGUAUUGUUCAUCUUACAACUUUCUUGUGUUUUUGCGGCCAUUUUUAAUAGAUAUGUGUCAUUUGUUAAGCUUCACACACUAAAAGAAAUUAACACGUUUCAAUAAAAUUAUUGCAUUGUCUUUUGUUUUCAUGAUAAAUAUUAUCAAAAGAAGCCCGGGGUAGAAAUUUGGUUCUUCUGUUUAACGAUAUCUGUUUGUAGGUUUGGUGACUUCUUGCGACGUGUGUGCUUUAUAAAUGACUGUGAUUUUCUUGUAUUGGUUGUAUGUUGCACUGUAAUGUCCGUUGUGUGGUUUGUAAACCCAGCCUUUGUUCUACAACUAGUCGGUGUCUCUUAGUGACGAACAAAUCGAGUCAUCCUGUAGGAAUGGUGGUAAGCGUGAUGAGAAUGUAAUUAUAUUAAACGGACAGCAUGUUCCAUUCAGCACAGUUACCAUUUUCAACUGAACACUAAUUUCAUAAUCCUUCCAUCAUCCAAACAAAAAUAGAUUAUUUAAAAACAUUUGUUACUGAAGCCAAACUAUUUUCAUCCCAAAUUGUGAAUCAAUGCAGCAUUAAGAAAUUAGAAGAAUCUGAGAUGGUUUCAACUAACAUCUUAGAAGUUGUGGUAUAUUUCACACGUUCAUCCCUGAGAAGGUAAAAACUACAUCUGGCUGUAUUUCUAAGGUCAGUCAACAAAUUUUAUGUUUUUAAAGAUAGUUGGUGCUAAACUGAAACAUUUUCCAACUUCCUGGUUGGUUUCCCUUGUCUGUCUGAACUCCGAUCAUGGCACUGGUGAUGAAUGGUGAACUGAUAUUUAAAUGUUACAAUCUAAACAAUUUAACUGACUUAACUCAUCCAUCAUAUGUCAAAAGUUAAUACUGUUGGUUUGUAACCUUAAUGUGAACAAAAAUCAAUUGACUAUCACCAUACUCAAACCUUUGAAGCAGGAUUCCUUAAACUGCAACCGUAUCCAAUAUUUAUUAAGUUUUCGCUUCCGUGGUGGUGUGGCAUUUAGUGGUGACUUGCAGAUGCAAAGUAAAUCCAAGGCUGUGAUCAUGCAAAGUCGAUUUUCCAUGCUGCGUACCACAGUGUGCCAAGAGCUAUAUCAGCUGAAUGACAGUCAGUGUUUUGAAGACUUAAAUUAUUAUUAUCAGCAUGAUGUAAAUGCAUGUUAUAAAUUUGACUGUAAAAUUCAUACUUUUGUUCUGAUUGUGUCUGUCUGAUAAUUUAGUAGCUUUCAAUUCCAUUCUCUUACAAGGUUAAGAGGUGAUUGAAUAUUGCUGCAUUAAAAUGACAAAUGUGAAUAUUGUUGCAUUAAAAUGACAAACGUGGGAUACUUACUGUAGAGGUUGUUCAAUUUUGUCACAAGUUGAGGUAUUGAGACUUUUUUUACUGAUUACAUGAUAAAGCAUAUUUAAAAACUUUUCUUAAUUGUUUAGAAAACAUAUUAAAAGUAAUUAAGUUUUUACGUUAUUUGCAAGACUGAUAGUAGAAUUUCUAGAAUUUAUUUGCUGAAUGAAAGUUUGUUUGGUAUUUGUAGCAAUUGUGCCCUGCUCUGUACAUAUAUUGGGUUAGGUCAUGCACUUUCUGGGUUUCCAGCAAAUAUUUGACCUGCCUGGCAGCGUGUGGUUUGUGGUUGAGAAAAGAAAUGUGUAUAAAAUUAUUUCAGCCAUAUAUUUAGUUGGAAUAAAUCAUUAAUUUGUUUGGAUUAUAUACUAGCUUGAAGUUCACAUUAUGUGAAGUUUCAUGCUCGUGCAUUUUUUUUUGCAAGAAAAUAUCACUUGGUGUUUAUUCAUAGUAUUUUUUUUUAGAAUCGAUGUGUGCUACUUUAAUGUGUGUAUUUUUUAAUGAAUUGAUUGUUUAUUACAAUGAUAUGGAAAUUUAGUUAUAAGUUUGGAGUGAUUUCAUGGAAAGACGGAGGAUUCGACUUCAUUAAAAAAAAUCGCGCAAGUAAUCUGUUGGAACAAAUCGUGUUCAGAUUGUUGAGUUGUGAAUGUUGGACAAUGUCUUUUAAUUUUGUACGGCAGAGGCUCUGGAAAACUGUAAAUUGCCAUACUAAUAAAUUUAAUAAAUUGUACCUGUAGAUUA